AUGCAAGAACGGGCUGUUUCCGCGGUGUCGAAGUCUGUCCUGAAGCAUAACCCGACUAACGACUACCUACUGAACAUAUACUCCAUCCAUAACUACCAGUACCUUGACGCGGUCGUCCCUGAAACCCUUCGCUCCCGCCCUCUACGGGUUACUAACAUUAAUAUUGAAGAAGUUAGGCAUACUGCGACUCAGCACAUGCGCUUGGUCAAAGCCAUGAACACAGCAGGUGACGCUGACAAGCCCGAUGCAACUCAAUCUGCCGUUGCUCCCGCGCCGUCCUCCUCUGAUGUGACUGCCGUCAACGUUGGCACUGCUUCCGCUGUCCCUACACCGCACACGUCAGACGUUCAGCCCGCCUUUGAACAGAAGAAAGCAAAGGCGACUCGGAAGAUCACGAAGACCAGGGGCCAAAAGUCCGCGAAGGAAACACGCACCAAGAAGGGCCAGCCCAUGACCACACCAACGGCAACGUUGACCUCCGACCCAGAGGCAACUACGUCUACCAUGGCUGUUGACGAUGCUCAGCCAUCUGGUUGGCAGAAACACAGGGCGAAUAAUAUCAACAUUGCUCGAGAACUCGCCGGAUCAGCCAUGGAGCCCUCGUUUCCCGAGAGCGCGCGACCCAGCCCAGCCGACAUGGACCUCGCAGAACGCCUGAUCGUGCUCCAGCGAAAGCCGAAAUUCCACGAGCUCACCCUCGCCUCCCACCCAGAUGUAGACGCAGACGAGCUGCACUGCAAGGCGCCCCAGUCCACCAAGCUUUUCAACCCCAACUCCGACCCUAUCCUCAUGCGCAGGCCUGCAGAACCAGAGCUAGCUCCCGAGGCGCACGGCAGCCUCCAUGUUCCCCGCAUCACAGCACAGAGGCGGGAUCCCUCCCAAAAUCAGCGCCUUUACGAUCACCGCAAGGACGACCCUGUUCAAUCUCGUUCUCGCCUGCCCAUCAUCCAAUGA